GCGAGCAGUGGUUGGGUAGUGGGCCGAGUCCUAUGUAUUCUCGUUGGUCGAGGAGUCGAAGACGCACGCUUGUUGCGACUGUAAUAACUAACGCCUGGGAAAAAUAAUAGACAGAAAGAGUGCCAAAAAUGAGUGCGAGUUGUGUGGGUGGAACUCAGUCUCAGUCUCAGAGCGUUCACAACGUCUUCGUGUACGGCAGCCUCUUAGCGGACGACGUCGUCAAGGUGCUCCUGAAGCGUAUCCCUCCAUCAUCCUCUGCCAUCCUCAAUGGCUUUCAUAGAUUUAGCAUCAAAGGACGUGUUUAUCCAGCUAUUCUACCUGUGGAGAAUAAGAAAGUUACAGGAAAGGUCUUGUUUGGUAUCACAAAUCCUGAAUUAGAUGUUUUAGAUACUUUUGAGGAUGUUGAGUAUGAAAGGAGAACUGUUGAGGUUUUCGUGACGAAAAUUUUGCAGGAUAAUUCUGAGAAGUUACAGGCUCACACAUAUGUAUGGAGUGACAAAAAUGAUCCAAACUUGUAUGGAGAUUGGGAUUUUGAGGAAUGGAAGCGAGUACACAUGAAUGAUUUUAUCAAGAUGACCACUGAGUUUGUGGAAGAAUUGGAGCUGCCUGAAUCAAAGCCAAGAGUUGCCACAUACGAAUCCUUCUAUAAGCAGGAUGGUCAACAUCCCCCCGCCUCUUAAACACUAUUCUUAAUUUGUAAAUCUGAACUGUGUUUACAUCUUUGUGUCAUUCUACCAUUGCCAAUGUUUUUAUUAUUAAAGUAUAUUUUCAUCCAUUUUACUCUUUCUCCAGAAUUUGUUUGCAAAUAAAAAAAAUCAAUUUAUUGCAGAGAUUCUCAAUUUCAUUUA